AUGUCCCUGGGAGACUUCCUAGGAGACCAAUCGCUAGGAUCAUGGGCCGACGAAAUGGAGGACGCGCCAAUGCCUGGUGCCGGUAGAAGCUCUGGCUAUGGCGGCGACAGGCCUACCUUUGGCUCUGGCGGCGGCGGCUUCGGUGCUGACCGCGCUGGCAGCUUUGCCGACCGUGGAUUCGCAACUCGCGAGGCGCUUCCCAUGCCCUCUAAGCCCCCGUACACCGCCCAUCUGGGCAACCUCUCCUUCGAUGCUACCGAAGGCGACGUAACCGACUUCUUCGCAGACUGCGAAGUGACCAACGUGCGCAUCGUCGAGGACAAACUGGACCGAAAGCCCAAGGGUUUCGGCUACGUCGAAUUUGGCAGUGUUGAUGGACUGAAGAAGGCUCUUGACCUGUCUGGCACAUCUUUCCAGGGCAGGAAUAUCCGUGUCAGCGUCGCAGAACCACCCAAGGACCGCGAAGAAGCCCGCGUCAUCACAGACUGGACCCGAAAGGGACCCCUCCCUGAUCUACCUGGCCAGCGCAGCAGCUCCGGACGCGGCGGCGGCUUCGGCUCGGGCCGUGACCGCGCUUUCGACGCAGGAUCUGACGCCGGCAGCGAACGUGGUGAGCGUCGCCGCCCACCCCCAUUCGAGAGUGACGGAAAGUCUCGCGACUUUGGCAACUGGGAGCGCCGAGGACCCCUUUCGCCAGCCGCUGCACCUCCUCCCAGCGAAGGCGGCCGCACGCGAGGCGGCUUCGAAGGAGGUCCCCGCGAGGGCCGCAGGCAGUCCCCAGCCUGGGGCGAGGGUCAGGGUACUGAAGGCUCCCGUGGGCCGCGUCGCGAGUUCCAGGAGCGACCGCAAUUUGAGAGGCAGCCUACUGCCGCAGACAAUGACAACCAGUGGCGAUCCAAGAUGCGCCCCGAUGCGCCUAUCAAGUCACCUACAUCCACACCCGACGCUAGCACACCAUCGUCACCGGCACCGCAGGCCGCUGCACCCGCUGGCCGCCCUCGCUUGAACCUGGCCAAGCGAACAGUCUCCGAGGCUCAACCAGCGCAAGACGCGUCCACUCCUUCUGACAAGCCCAACCCAUUCGGUGCUGCCCGCCCCAUCGACACUGCUGCUCGUGAGAAAGAGAUCGAGGAGAAGAGGCAACUUGCUCUACGCCAGAAGAAGGAAGCCGACGACAAGGCGCGCGAGGAGAGGAAGGCCAAGGAAGCCGCGGAGAAGCCUGCGCCCAAGGACUCAGCACAGCCAACGCCGACAAAGAAGGAGGAGAAUGGUAGCGAGGAGAAGCCCAAGUCCAACUUCGAGAUCCUUCAACGGGUGGACGAGGGUAACUCUGCUGGCCAAGACGAGGAUGCCGAGGGAGAGAUUGUACACGACAAGGACGUUAAGCCGCAAGAAGUCACUCGCGACCCACCGAAAGCUGAACAAGGCUCAUGGAGGCGGAAGUCUAGCACUGCUGCGGCACCUGAAGGCACUACUACCGAGGCCAUGGACGACGAUGGCUGGAGCACUGUCACCAAGGCCACCAAGAACGUUAAGAACAACCGCCGAGGAGGCGGAGGUGCCCCAGCCCGCGCCAUCGCGUCUUAG